AUGAGCGGCCCCUACCCGGAGCCCGAGGGCUGCGCCGAGCGCCCCGACUGCAAGAGCAAGUCGCCCACGCUGCUCUCCUCCUACUGCAUCGACAGCAUCCUGGGCCGCCGCAGCCCCUGCAAGGUGCGGCUGCUGGGCGCCGCGCCCGCCCUGCCGCCCCUGCCCGCACGCCCCGCCGACGACGCGGCCGCGCAAGCCGCCGCGGCCGGCGCCGCCGAGGGCGGCGAGCUGUCGCCCAAGGAGGAGCUGCUGCUGCACGCCGAGGACGGCGAGGGCAAGGACGGCGAGGAGAGCGUGUGCCUCUCGGCCGGCAGCGACUCCGAGGAGGGGCUGCUCAAGAGGAAGCAGCGCCGCUAUCGCACCACGUUCACCAGCUACCAGCUGGAGGAGCUGGAGAGGGCCUUCCAGAAAACGCACUACCCCGACGUCUUCACCAGGGAGGAGCUGGCCAUGAGGCUCGACCUGACCGAGGCCCGAGUGCAGACCAACUUGGGUUCAUAG